GUCAAACAGCUGGAUACUCUGGAGUGUCUCGUGGCGGCGAUGCAACGAGACCGUCUGCGUGUGAGAACUCUCCAAAUCAAAAGAAAAAACGGCUAACGGUACCUCUGUUCCGCGGAAAAGAAAAUUUGAUAAAGAAAUAAGGUUUCACCGUGUCCUGCGGGUGUGGAAUAGUUUUGAAAUAACGGUAACGUUACCAGAGUUGUGGAGGAAAGGUCGGCGUAUUCAGAGGUAUCGACAAAAGAUUAAACUGGCUAGCUAGACAGAAGGUAAAAGGACACAUCUGUCCUUGCCAGUGUCCCAUGUGUAGGCCUACUUGCCUCCAUCUUCAAGAAAAUGAAUCUGUCGGUGACAAUGCAGAUGUCAGUCCCACUCAGUUAAAUGUUAAUACUACUUGAGCAGAUAUUGCUCGGCUGGCCGAAGAGGAAAAAGAAGAAAGGGGUUGCUCAAGGUGCUGGAACAUGUCUCCCUGGAUGGUACUGCCUGUUAGCCUCCCAGUUUUGACCAUUACUGGGAUAUGGGUUGUGUACGCCAUGGCCCUGUACAAUCAACAUGUCUGCCCUGUGGACAACUGGUUGUACAACCAGUCAUGUGAAGAAGAUCUGUAUUUGCAGAGUGGGCCAACCUUGUGCUGCACUCUAGACAAUGUUCCGCUCAUCAGUAAAUGUGGGACUCUUCCUCCUGAGAGCUGCUUUUUCAGCCUAAUCUGCAGCACAGGCUCAUUCAUGGUUAUGGUGAUUGUGCUUCUCCGCUAUGCCCACGUCAUUGAGAAGCACGAAAAUUGUGUUCUUAACACGGCGAGUCUCUCCACAGGCUGGAUCUGUGCUGCUGGACUCAUCAUGGUGGGCAACUUCCAGGUGGAUAAUGCCAAAGUUCUCCACUAUGUCGGAGCAGGCAUCGCCUUCCCCACCAGUAUGCUGUUUGUGUGCCUGCAGUCAGCACUGACUUACCGACUGGCCAAGACUCAGGGGGAGUACAACAUGGCCCACCUCCGGCUCUGCAUGACCCUGCUGGCCUUCGGAGCCUUGGUGCUCAGUGGUGUAUUUUUCUGUCAGGAAAGUUUCGUCCUUCAACACGCAUCAGCAAUUUUUGAAUGGGUGUUCUGCGUCAUCAUCAUGCUGUUUUACGGAACAUUUGCCUUGGAAUUUGCCGGCAUGUCAUCAGAUACCAUGGUGGUGCUGGCUAGAGGGAACCUGGGACUUGCAGGGAGAGAACACAAGGUGGACACACUUGGAUCACUGGGAGGGCCCAUUCCACACUCACAGGCACAUCCUCACCAACCUGAAAACAUGUCCAUACUGUAACCUGCUGGCACAUCUUGAUGACACACAGCUGGCUUGUUUUAUUCCUUUCAAGCUCUGGUUGUGGACUUAGUUUACUUAUAUAUUUCAAGCAUUCAUCUGAAGCUUUGAAACAAACCAGGCCAGUGCAGUUACCACUCAUGGCAGAGUGACUUCUACUAUUUGAGCCCCGGGGUGUAGACCUGCUGCCACAGUGGAGAGCUUAGCUUGUAUUGUGCUCCCAUCAGAGCUCAGUGUCUCUCAAUAGCUUUGUUUGUAUUUUGUACAUUGCACAAGCGAGAAACCAAACAGCUCAGUCCUGUGACCAGCAGAGGAGUAGUUUAUUACUCAGAUCAAGAAAAUGUACGUCCCUACUAAGAUGCUGUAACCUGUUUAAAUAAGUGGCCUUGGACCAUUUAGACUUUAGAUGACUGCCACAAUGCUUUUAUUGUACUAAUAGUAGUGAGGGCUGCUGGACAGCCAAGCUGACAGUAUUAUAGUGGUAAGAAAAGCAGAGGGAGAGAGAGAAAAAGAGAAGAUGGUGUGUAAAUGUUACAGUGGAAGCAAGGUCAUGCUUGUUUUCCAACUAGAGAAUGGAUGAAUGCAAUAAAUUCAAAGAAGUCGCGUAGUAAAAGAAUAGUAUAUAAAUGUUUUUGUCUAUCCUGGCGACGGAACCAAGCAGUCGUCCGCAUUUUAUAAUAAUUUAAACCAGCAUUAAGCUGUAUAUUUCAUAUAACAAAUUAAAACAAUUGUAAUGUCAAAGAGUCCUUCAUAGUACUGAAUCCCCUGAGAGGUAAUCAAAGAAAGUAAAUGGAUUCAAUUAUAUUAAUUACAAUAUUUUCUUUUAUGGAAUUAACACCCUACUCCACAUAGAUGUUAGCUGCUUUAAGCUUACUUUAGGUUAUCAGCCUGCAUACUUGGUCAUGCUGACUGUACGCUAACUUCUAUCCAAAGUAAGUCAACCAUUUGGCGAGCUGGAGACACAGAUAUUCUACUCAGGAUUUGGUUAAUCAAGGCUAGAAGAAAAAGUGAAUACAGCACUUGUGUUUUUCAGGUGACCUUUGGGAUGAUAAUAUUCCCCUGUGUCUGCUGAAUGUGUGAGUACGCACAGACGUUAGCCAUAACAACUUAUGUCAGUUUGGUUUGUGGUUAAAAAAUUGCUUAACACAGCUUUAAAAUAUGCAUCACCAACAACUUUGUUUGAACAGUAGAAUUAAAGUAUCAAUGGAGCACACGUUGUCUUUUUGUGUCGGAAAGCUUUUGGUUACGUGCCAUAUCAUUAUUUGAACCGCACACAGAACAAACAGUAGACCUAGUGCCUCAUUAAGUCAAGCCUUUGUGACGGAGUCUGAAAAAAUAUGUCCUUCCCUCUCGUUGUUACUAUAUCAACCUUAAACCUCAAAUUGAUUCAACUUAUGAAAGAGAGAUGAUACAGUGUCCAGAGGCUAAAUGCUUACAGUACCAGCUAAUUCAAGCCAGAGCAGUGGGUUUAUUGAGUUUGGUGAGGAGGCACACAUGUGUUUUCAGGUCCUAUGGACGUAGUUCUGCAUCUCAUUACUCCCCAACAAGGAGCAGAACCAUGCUGUCAUUGCUUUACCUAGUAACUCUUUCUUUAAACUCUCCAUAGUUGGGAGUUUUUACAGCAUGUCUAGCUGGUGUAGUGGAACAAGGAAAAAACGAUUUGUAAAGUAAGAGAUUAAUGAGAUGCAGUAUCCUGCCUCUGUGUUACUGUACAGCAGAAUACGCCAAACAUUAGUUUGCCUGUGGUAACGGUGCUGAAACACAAAAGGCCUUCUCCUGUAAUUUCUGCUGAGGUUAGCUCUGUUUAUGAGCUUGAGACUAGGGCCAAUGUCAGCAUCAUUGACUGCUAAUAGUGGAGGAACAGGGACAGAAGGCUGCAUGCACGCUUGUGAGUGCCAGGAAUGCCAAAGCCGAUAUUUGGCACAACCCAUUCAUUUACAUUGAAAAAUGCUCCUGGCUAAUAGCUACACUAACUUGAUAUUUUGAUAUCUAUCAGUUUAGUUUUUUAUUUUAUUUUAGCCUCAUGGUCUUUUUCUUACAGUUGUCCCUCCUAUAUUGACUUUCUCUGACAUUCUGUGCUGUGUUGUAAUACAGAGUUGUGCCAGAAUUACGGUUUAUAUUUUGUUGGAAAUUUUUAACAUCUCAGUUUAAUAUUACCGCACUUUGAGCUCUGUGGUGAAACCCAGAGCAAGCAGAGGGUUUACAAUAGUAAUAGUCUUGUUAGUAGGCUUUUACUCAGUAAAAAUAUCACUUCAUCAUACCACAAAGGGCCACAUGAUGGGCAGAGGUUAUGUUCUUGCCAGUAUUUUGGGUAGUUGCUCAAAAGCUAAUUGUUCAUUAACAGCUUUACAAUUUGUUACAGAAGGACUGAAAUGUAGUAAUUUACCAUAUACUGAAUGUAUGAAUACUAAAGUGGAAAAGCUUGUUCAUGCUGUUCAACAGUCAAAACAACACCAGACCCACCUCUGAUCCCUUGCUUCUCCCUACUGGUCAAACGGCUCAUUGCAUGUAAAGUUCGUUGGAAUCAGAGCUGUAAUGUUG